AUGCAGAAAGCAGUCUGGAGGCCAGAAGGCACACACUAGCACAGUCUGGUAGGCUACAGCAGCAAGUCUCUAAAGAAAGGCUGAGAACACCCAGAACAGGAGAGUCCAGGUCCAGGAUGGCCAGCCUGUUCUGGUCCUAUCUGCCAGCAAUCUGGCUGCUACUGAGCCAACUCCUUAGAGAAAGCCUAGCAGCAGAGCUGAGGGGAUGUGGUCCCCGAUUUGGAAAACACUUGCUGUCAUAUUGCCCCAUGCCUGAGAAGACAUUCACCACCACCCCAGGAGGAUGGCUGCUGGAAUCUGGACGACCCACAGAAAUGGUGUCAACCUCCAACAACAAAGAUGGACAAACCUUAGGUAUGACAUCAGAAUUCAUUCCUAAUUUGUCACCAGAGCUGAAGAAACCACUGUCUGAAGGGCAGCCAUCAUUGAAGAAAAUAAUACUUUCCCGAAAAAAGAGAAGUGGACGUCACAGAUUUGAUCCAUUCUGUUGUGAAGUAAUUUGUGACGAUGGAACUUCAGUUAAAUUAUGUACAUAGUAGAGUAAUCAUGGAUUGGACAUCUCAUCCAUUCUCAUAUGUAUUCUCAAUGACAAAUUCACUGAUGCCCAAUUAAAUGAUUGCUGUUUAUUAGAACAUGAGAA